AUGUCCAACAAUCGUGGCGCAGGAGGUGUAAAAUGCCAUAAAUGUCGCUAUAUCGUUCUAGAAGACAUGAACGAUACCUACAAAUCAAUUUGUUCAAAAUCAUGUGCUAGUUUCAGUAAUAAAAAUUUCAUAUACCUGCUUGAAGACAAAUUGCCAACAUGGGUAAAGCAAAAGGUUGAAGAGGAACAAUGGACUAAGGGAAAAUUGCAUUGUGGAAAAUGUGGAUCUAAAUUAGGAUCAUUUGACUUUAUCUCAGGAAGAAAAUGUGAUUGUGGCAACUCAGUUUUACCACCAGUUCAUUUAGUAACUAGUCAAGUAGAUAUCCCUUUUUCAUUACCUAAAAUGUUAAGAUAA